AUGCACACAAACACAACAUCAUGCAUCAUGCAUCCCUCACCUCCUAUGUAUGUGGUGUUGGACUGCCCAUCCCUCACCUCCUAUGUAUGUGGUGUUGGACUGCCCAUCCCUCACCUCCUAUGUAUGUGGUGUUGGACUGCCCAUCCCUCACCUCCUAUGUAUGUGGUGUUGGACUGCCCAUCCCUCACCUCCUAUGUAUGUGGUGUUGGACUGCCCAUCCCUCACCUCCUAUGUAUGUGGUGUUGGACUGCCCAUCCCUCACCUCCUAUGUAUGUGGUGUUGGACUGCCCAUCCCUCACCUCCUAUGUAUGUGGUGUUGGACUGCCCAUCCCUCACCUCCUAUGUAUGUGGUGUUGGACUGCCCAUCCCUCACCUCCUAUGUAUGUGGUGUUGGACUGCCCAUCCCUCACCUCCUAUGUAUGUGGUGUUGGACUGCCCAUCCCUCACCUCCUAUGUAUGUGGUGUUGGACUGCCCAUCCCUCACCUCCUAUGUAUGUGGUGUUGGACUGCCCAUCCCUCACCUCCUAUGUAUGUGGUGUUGGACUGCCCAUCCCUCACCUCCUAUGUAUGUGGUGUUGGACUGCCCAUCCCUCACCUCCUAUGUAUGUGGUGUUGGACUUCCCAUCCCUCACCUCCUAUGUAUGUGGUGUUGGACUGCCCAUCCCUCACCUCCUAUGUAUGUGGUGUUGGACUGCCCAUCCCUCACCUCCUAUCAAUGCACAGCAGAGUGUCGCUCUGCAGCAGGCCACACGAGAGGAGGCACACAUGGCAUGA